AUGUCAUCUCAAUCCGACGCUCUGGACAAUAUCUUCCAGCGUCUAGCUAGCAGGAAUGAGGAUGUACGAAUACAAGCUGGUCAGGACCUUCGCGAUCAUGUGACCUCAUACACUCAGGAGUACCCCGGACACGAUGGUAUGAAAGGUGUCUGGGCAGAAGUAUUCCAUAAGACGUUCGAUUAUACUAGGAGUAAUAAUCAGUUUGAAAGAUUGGGUGCUAUUGUGGCUAUAGACCACUUGCUGGAUCUGACCAAUGAUGAUACGCCUGAUAGAGCACAGCAGAAGGUAUUGAGGUUGUAUGAGUAUCUGAGACCAUUAACGACAUGCUCUGAUUCUACCGUGAUGAUGGCUGCGGCUCAUGUCAUAGGUGAUAUGGUUCGCUCUGCACCUGCAUUGCAUAACGAGGCAUUCUUGUUGAAAGAAGUCGGACAAGCAUUGACAAUGCUAGAAGACUCAAGACAGGAAGUCGGAAGGUUUAGUGGAGUAUUGCUUCUACACGCUUUCGCAGUCAACGCGCCAGCAGUAUUUCAACAAUGGGUGCCAAAGGUCAUAGAGAAAAUAUGGAUACCUUUGAGAGACUCCAGAACGAUGGUCAGAGAAAGAGCAUCAAAAUUACUGUCGGCCUGUUUGGAUAUAAUCAAAACUAGGGAGAAAUCACCCACAGAAACGUAUAGAAAGAUAUUUGAAGAAGCUAGAUCGGGAUUAGUCAAGGCGAAUUCAUCUGAUGCGGUGUUAGGAUCUUUGUUAUCGUUCGGAGCCAUGUUGCAGAACCAGCAAAUUUCCAUGGCGGAAUAUUAUCGAUCGAUAUGCGAGCUCACAUUGAAAUAUCGAGAUAGUAAAGAAGUGGUGAUUAGAAAAGCUGUGAUAGCGUUGAUACCUUCCAUGGCGACAUAUGACAGUGAUGAGUUUGAGGCUCAUUAUCUGCAUCGAAGUAUGGCAUAUCUACUGCAAGCUUUAGGAAAACCUACAGAUAGGGAUAUAGCAUACGUCGCUUUGGGUCAUAUGGCCGUCCAGCUGGGUUCGAAGAUGCGGCCUUUCAUAGAUGAUAUAGUUAAGAUUGUCAGGGAACAUCUGCGCAUGAGAGGGAAAAAGAAUGCUCCCUUUGAAGCGCCAAUCUUCCAAUGUCUCGCUAUGCUCACCACCUCUGUCGGUCCAAUGCUUACUCGUCAAAUGCACGAUGUGCUGGAUCUCAUGUUCCCCUGGGGUCUGAGCGAAGCUCUUUUCCACGCUCUGGAAGUUAUCGCUAGUCAUAUCCCACCUCUGCUUCGGACUAUACAAGAACGACUUCUCGACAGUUUGUCCAUGAUCUUGACUGGACAUGCGUAUCGACCAUUAGGAGCGCCAGCGCCUCGAGCCGGUGUACAGAGGGAUUUGAGCUUGCUACAGAGCUCAGCAGGUGGUCACUCGCCUGAAUCGUUGACUUUGGCUUUGAAAAUCUUGGGGACAUUUGAUUUCAGUGGUCACACUCUGAACGAGUUCGUCCGAGAUGCCGCUUUACCUUAUCUCGAACAUGACAGUCCCGACGUACGGAAGGAAGCUGUCUUAGCAUCUACUCAGCUGUUUAUCAAUGAUCCGAUAUGUCACCAGACCAGUAGUCACUCUAUCGAGAUUGUCAGUGAUGUCUUGGAGAAGCUGUUGACAGUCGGUAUCACCGAUCCUAACCCACUCAUACGACGGACGGUUCUGGAAAAUCUCGAUGAGAAGUUUGAUCGACACCUAGCGCAAGCAGAAGAUAUCAGAUGUCUGUUCAUUGCACUCAAUGACGAAGUAUUCCAUAAUCGGGAAUUGGCGAUCGGUAUAAUCGGUAGAUUAGCGCAACACAAUCCAGCUUAUGUGAUGCCGCCGUUGAGGAAGAGUUUGAUUAAUCUGGUGACAGAAUUAGAAUAUUCUACCAAUGCUAAACAAAAGGAAGAAUCUGCCAAACUACUAGAGCUUCUCAUUGGGGCCGCCGCUGGUCUUGUCAAAUCUUAUGCUCCUACGAUCUUAUCGGUAUUGCUACGAACAGCAAGCUCUGCAGAAACCUCAGUAGCAGUACAAGCGCACUGUGUGAUGUGUGUUGGGGAACUUGCCAGGGUAGCGGGUGAAGAACUUAUACCGAAUGUCCAGACCAUCUUGACUUUGGUGAUCGAUAUGCUCAACGACCAGUCAUCCACGUUAAAACGAGAUGCCGCACUGAAGACGUUAGGUCAAGUGGUUUCGAACACGGGAGAAGUCAUCAAACCAUAUAUCGAUCAUCCUCAACUACUUGGUAUACUAUUCAGAUUUUUACGAACGGAGACUAGUCAAGCUAUACGACUAGAGACGAUAAGAACGAUGGGUAUGUUAGGUGCUUUGGAUCCGUUCAAACAUAAGCUCUUGCAAGGCGGAGCGGAUGACCCUAACACCGAAAAUGCGUCUUCGCGAGUCAACGACAUCGUACUGCUUAAUCAGCAUAAUGGAUCGGUAAAUGAGGAGUUCUUCCAAACGGUUGUCAUUCACUCCCUGGUGAAUGUGUUACAUGACCCGACUUACAAGGACCAUUACGAAGCUGUAGAUGCUAUCAUGAUGAUUUUCAGAACUCAGAGAUUAAGAUGUGUCAACUUCUUACCCCAAAUCGUUCCCGCUUUCCUCAAUGUCAUCCGCAUAGCACAUUCCUCUAGAACCGAAUUAUACCUCAAGCAGCUCGCUCAGUUUAUCACAAUUGUCAAGCAACAUAUCCGAAACUACCUUAACGACGUAUUCGACCUGAUUCAUGAAUUCUGGAACCCCAACUCGACUCUUCAAAUCACCAUCAUCUCUUUGGUCGAGUCGAUUGCCAAAGCUGUAGAAGGAGAGUUCAAAGCCUACUUGCCGAAACUAUUACAGCAAAUCUUGCGAUCCUUCGAUGGCGAAUUGACUGCUAAGCAUCUACCUGAACUACGAUUAAAUACUCUAUUGCAUAUUCUGAGGGCAUUCUACGUAUUUGGAUCUAGUAUCGAAGAUUACCUACAUCUGGUCUUACCUGUCAUUGUUCGAUCAUUCGAAAAUCCCUUAGCACCGGAUUCACUCCGAAAGGCAGCUUUAAGAACUACCGGUCAACUUUGUAGAAAAGUCAACUUUUCAGAUCACGCAAGUCAAAUCAUCCAUCCCCUAGUGAGAACUCUGGGGAAUAGUUCUGAAGAAUUGAGAUCAACUGCCAUGGAUACGCUUUGUGUGUUGGUUCUCCAAUUCGGACCUGAUUAUGCCAUUUUCAUCCCUAUGGUCAAUAAGGCAUUGGUGGAAAACAAAAUCGUUCAUCCGGGUUAUGAUCAGUUGAUCACGAAGCUGCUGAAUAGGGAGAGAUUACCACCGGAUCUAGGACCCGUAGAGAGAUUCGCAAAUGAUCUUUCUUCCGAGCAGCUGGCACCAGCCGAACAAAUGCAAUUGAAAGUGAACCAACAAGCACUCAAAUUAGCAUGGGAUUGUUCACACAUUACGAACAAGGUGGAAUGGUUGACCUGGAUAACAGGAUUGGGUCACGAGAUGAUGAGAGAGUCGCCCAGUCAGGCUAUUCGAGCUGCACGAACGCUAGCUUUGAGCAGUUUGAGCUUCAGCAAGGAGCUAUUUAAUGUGGCUUUCUAUAGCUGUUGGCAGGAGCUGUUUGAGAGUUACCAGGAGGAUCUUUGGCAUAACCUUGAACUUGCCAUUACCAAUCCUAGUGUACCACCUGACGUAGUCAGUAUCAUCCUUGGGGCUACACAAUUCUUGGAACAUGAUGAGAAAGAGGUAUCGAUCGAGAGUAGGGUGUUAGGAGACUAUGCCGCCGCAUUCCACGCAUAUGCCAUCGCCCUCCACUAUAAAGAGCAAGAAUUUUUCCUAGACCCAUCGACAGCUGUCGUUGAGGAUCUUAUCGGUAUCAACCAGAAGCUUCAGCAAUCCGACGCCGCAUGGGGUACACUGGAGUGGGCGCAAAGUCAUAUGGAAAUGACGCACGAUGUGAUGUGGUACGAGAAACUGGGUAGAUGGGAAGAAGCGUUACAAGUAUGGAACGAACGUUCCGAAGAUCCCGAUUCGACAUAUGACGAGUCAGCAGUGGCUUUAGGGAAACUGCAAUGUCUUCAUGCUUUGGGAGAAUGGGAAGAACUAUCUGAUUUCGUCCAGAUCCGAUGGGCAAAUUCAACUCAAGAUGAAAAGAAGUUGAUGGCUCCUCUUGCUGCUGCUGCCAGUUGGUCUUUGAGACAGUGGGAUCUAAUGGAUGAUUACAUAGCGGCAAUGAAGAAUGACUCGGCAGAUAGGAAUUUCUUCAAAGCUAUUCUUGCGGUUCAUCGAAAUCAAUUUAGCUCGGCAAUGAGACAUAUAACCAAAGCCAGAGAGAGAUUGGAUGGUGAAUUGACGAGUUUGACGGGUGAAAGUUAUGGAAGAGCAUAUGAUGUUGUGGUGAGAGUGCAGAUGCUUUCCGAAUUAGAGGAAAUUAUCUCGUAUAAAGAUCAUGCGGAUGAACCUGAACGACAAGCUACACAGAGAAAGACAUGGCAGACUAGGCUUGAGGGCACUCAACGAGAUGUGGAAGUUUGGCAGCGAAUUCUCCAAGUCCGAUCACUUGUCCUGACGCCGAAUGAAGAUAUGGAUACUUGGAUCCACUUCGCGGAUCUGUGUAGAACCUCUGACAGACUCAAUCUGGCGGAGAAGACGUUAACCUCACUUGUUGGAUUCCCCUACCCAAGCAUGGAUCCGGAGAGUCGAGCGCGUGCCCCUCCACCUAUUAUCUUUGCUUACUUGCGUAUGGCAUGGGCCAAGAACCUUCAGUCCGAUGAAAAAGAUGAGAGAUUAGUAACUCUGCAGCAUCUUCGAGAUUUCACUGAUCAACUCUCUGCGGACGUCGGGCUGGGUGCAAGAGACCAAUAUGGUCGAUUGAUGCUGCCUGACGCCAAGAUGUAUGGUGAAUAUACCAAAUUGUUGGCUAGAUGUCAUGUGGAGUUAGGUCAAUGGCAAGCUGCUUUAAGGGAAUCUCAAACGACUUCCGAUCCAACGGGGAUCUUACAAGAUUAUUCGCUAGCGACGGAACUCGAUCCGGAAUGGUACCAAGCAUGGCACACAUGGGCUCUCGCGAACUUCGAAGUGAUCUCUCAAUUAGAAGUUUCACAAGCUGGGUUGUCAUCUGCUCAUUUCACUACGUACAUCAUCCCAGCUGUGGAGGGUUUCUUGAGAUCUAUUGCCCUCUCGCCUGGUAAUUCCCUGCAGGAUACUCUGAGAUUGUUGACUCUCUGGUUCACUUAUGGAUAUCAGCAUGGUGUUAGUACGGCGAUCAGUCAGGGUAUACAUACGGUCAAUGUGGAUGUGUGGUUGGAAGUGAUACCUCAGAUCAUCGCUCGUAUACACACACCUCGUCAAGCGAUACAACAGCUCAUUGUACGACUUUUACAUGAUAUCGGUAAAGCGCAUCCUCAAGCUUUGAUCUACCCCUUGACAGUGGCUAGUAAAUCCAAUGUACCUGCCAGGAGAGCCGUGGCUCAAGGUAUAACAGCGAAAAUGAGGGAACAUUCAGCGAACAUUGUUGAUCAGGCCGAGCUAGUUAGUAACGAAUUGAUCCGAGCUGCUAUCCUUUGGCAUGAGAUGUGGUAUGAUGGAUUGGAAGAAGCUUCCAAACAUUAUUUCGCGGAUAGCGAUAUCCCAGGAAUGUUUGCUGUUUUAGAACCAUUACAUGAGAUGGUCGAAAGGGGACCUGAAACACUUCGAGAAACUUCCUUCGUACAAUCUUUCGCACAUGACUUACGCAUCGCCAGAGACCAUCUAAGAAGGUAUAAGGUGCAUGGUGAUUUGACGGAAAUCCAGCAGGCUUGGGAUGUAUAUUACUCGAUCUUCCAACGUCUUGGUAAACAGCUCAAACUCCUUAAUGUGAUUGAAUUGCAAUAUGUUUCACCGAAACUAAUGGCUGUCAGAGAUCUGGAUCUCGCUGUGCCAGGUACUUAUCAAAGUGGCAAACCGGUGAUUGGUAUUCAAAGUGCGAUACCGACGUUGAAGGUGAUCUCCUCGAAGCAGAAGCCAAGACAGUUCAGCUUGCGAGGAAGGGAUGGUAAAGAGUACUCGUAUCUGCUCAAAGGUCAUGAGGAUCUACGACAAGACGAGCGGGUCAUGCAACUUUUCGGUCUGGUCAACACGCUUCUCAACGCGGAUCAAGAGUGUGCCAGAAGGCAUCUCAGUAUACAAGGCUUCUCCGUCACACCUCUGUCACCUUCUGCAGGUUUAAUUGGCUGGGUACCGCAUACUGAUACUAUACAUGUGUUGAUCAAGCAAUAUAGAGAUCAGAGAAAGAUUUUGGUCGAUAUCGAGCAUAAGCUGAUGCAACAGAUGUCCGACGAAAGCUAUGAUUCGCUACCCUUGCUGAACAAAGUGGAGAUCUUCCAAUACGCCUUGGACAACACCACUGGACAAGACCUCUACAGGAUCUUAUGGCUGAAGUCUCGAAAUUCUGAUGUAUGGUUAGAGCGUAGAGUGACAUACACUCGAAGUUUAGGAUUGAACAGUAUGGUCGGAUAUAUCUUGGGAUUGGGUGAUAGACAUCCUUCGAAUCUGUUGUUGGAUCAAUUGACUGGAAAGAUCAUUCAUAUCGAUUUCGGUGAUUGUUUCGAGGUCGCUCAACAGCGUGACAAGUAUCCUGAAAAAGUACCGUUCCGUCUUACAAGGAUGCUUAUACAUGCCAUGGAGGUAUGCGGUAUAACCGGAACCUUCUCGAGAUCGUGCGAAGUAUCGAUGGAAGUGCUUCGAGAGAACCGAGAAUCCUUGAUGGCUGUUCUGGAGGCAUUCGUAUAUGAUCCAUUGAUAGCUUGGAGAUUGAACGCUACGGAUAAAAGACCCGGUGGUGUUCCUGAAGGCGACGAUCUGGAUGAUCCUGCCGCGUAUGCCAAGCAGAGAAAGAGUAAAGCGAAUGAAACGGAGAUUUUAAUUGAAGCGGAAAGAGCAGAAGUAAAGAACGAUAAAGCUCUACAAGUCAUCGAGAGGGUCAGACGUAAAUUGACAGGAAGAGACUUCAAACCUGACGUGGUAUUAGAUGUGAAAGAACAAGUUGAGAAAUUGGUUGAGGAAGCUACGAAAGUUGAAAAUCUUUGUGUAGCGUUUUUGGGAUGGUGUUCUUUCUGGUAA